GUUGUUUCUUCGCGUCUCUUCACAACUGAGCCUCUCUCCUCCCCCACACACACAGGCAUUCAGUCAAUCAAGAUGGCCGACGUCGACGUACCCGUCGGCCGUAAGGCCUUCGUGCCCCUCGAGAACAAUCCCGAAGUAAUGACCCAUCUCGUCCGUCAACUCGGCCUCUCACCCACGCUGCAAUUCCACGACGUCUACUCUCUCACCGAACCCAGCCUCCUCGCCUUCCUCCCCCGCCCGGCCCUCGCUCUCCUUCUCGUCUUCCCCGUUACCGAGACCUAUGAGAGAUUCCGCCGCGAGGAGGACGCCUCGCACGAGGACUACACAGGUUCCGGCCCGGGCGAGGAAGUCGUAUGGUUCAAGCAAACCAUCCGCAACGCCUGCGGUCUGAUCGGACUAUUACAUUCUGUGACGAACGGCGGCGCCCGAGACCAAAUCAUCGAAGGAAGCGACUUGGACGACCUGCUCAAGAAAGCCAUCCCCUUGAAACCCACCGAGCGCGCAGACCUCCUGUACAGCAGCCAAGCUUUGGAAUCAGCACAUGCCACUGCCGCAGCAAAGGGCGACACGUCUGCUCCCGAGGCCGAGGCGAACGUCGACCUGCAUUUCGUAGCGUUCAUCAAAGACAAGAACGGAGAUCUCUGGGAAUUAGAUGGCCGGAGGAAAGGACCGCUGAAGCGUGGACAUCUAGGUCCAGAGGAUGAUGUGUUGAGCGAAAAGGGCCAGGAAGUAGGAGUGCAGGCGUUUUUGAAGAGAGAGGAAGAGGCAGGUGGCGGUGAGAUGCGGUUCAGUGUUGUCAUGCUGGGUCCGAGCCUUGAAUGAGUACCUUAUGUAUGAGUAUUGCAUUGCAUUGCAUUGCAGGCGCAGGGCGUGCCGAGAAAAAUAUAGAGUCAUGACGGUAUGAAAAAUGAAACGACACGACCAAGAAGAUAACUCUUUGUCUGGAGGGAAGCCUAGAGAGGCUGCGAUUGUACUUUUACCAGCCGACUCUAUCAACUGGCACCUAUCGAACC